GCCUGCUGGGCUGCAAACGCGCAGGGUUGAGUCUUUUAUCCACUGACGCCUUCUGUGGUUUGGUUUUCUUCUCAGUUGCAGACCCCAAGUACCAUGGGCAGCAAACGGCUCGGACGAUGAGUUCUGCCAGUGUGCCCCUGCGGCGUGAGCUGUGAGGAUGGACAAGUGCAAGCACAUCGGGCGCCUGCGCCUGGCCCAGGACCACUCCAUCCUGAACCCCCAGAAGUGGCACUGCGCGGACUGCAACACCACGGAGUCGGUCUGGGCCUGCCUGGGCUGCUCGCACGUGGCCUGCGGGCGGUACAUCGAGGAGCACGCACUGAAGCACUUUGAGGAGAGCGGGCACCCGGUGGCGCUGGAAGUCAACGAGCUCUACGUCUUCUGUUACCUCUGCGACGACUACGUCCUGAACGACAACGCCACCGGCGACGUGAAGCUGCUGCGGAGCACCCUGAGCGCCAUCAAGAGCCAGAGCUACGAGCGCACCACGCGGAGCGGCAGGACCUGGCGCGCUGCGGGCGCCAGCGAUGACGCUUACCUCUCCCGCGGCGGCGCCCAGGCCUGGCUCCGGAAAGAGGAUCGGAUGUUCACGGCCCUCUGGCACCGGCGGCGAGCCUGCCUGGGCAAAGCCUUCAGGUCGUGGCUGCAGCUGACGCCGGCUGGGCAGCGGCUGCUGGCAGAGGAAAGGCGGCGGGAGGAAGCGGAGGAAAGAAGGGACAGAGCCAGGAGGAGGAGGCAAGAGCGGAAGCGCCAGGUGAAGGCGGAGCUGGAAAGGAUGCCCCCGAGAAAGAGCAGGCGGCUGCAGGAGCAGGGCAGGGCGGCCUCGGCAGCGGCGCUCUGCCCGCAGGGACGGGCGCGGGGCGCGGGGGCCGCGGCGGAAGCCUGCAGCUCGGAGCAAGUCAGGUUGAAAGCGGUCGGCGAGUCCCCGGUGAAGCGGAGGCCCACGGUGACUCCCGGGGUGACGGGGCUGAGGAACCUGGGCAACACCUGCUACAUGAAUUCCAUCCUGCAGGUGCUGAGCCACUUACUCAUCUUCCGGGAGUGCUUCCUCAAGCUGGACCUCAACCAAACUCAGGAACUGCUGGCAGCGGCCACCAAGGGCAAAACGAGAGCCUCAGCCAAGCGCCUGUCCGUAGCUGCCGCUGCUUUCCACGGCAGCGAGAAGCAGGAAAGAGCCCAGGCCUCAGCUGCUGUGAGGAGGCCCAGUUUGUCCUCAGGGUUAAGUGGAGGAGCAUCAAAAAGUAGAAAUAUGGAACUCAUUCAGCCCAGGGAGCCCAGCUCAAAGCAUAUUUCUCUCUGCCAUGAGCUGCAUACUCUGUUCCAAGUCAUGUGGUCUGGCAAAUGGGCUCUGGUGUCUCCUUUUGCCAUGCUUCAUUCCGUGUGGAGGCUAAUUCCAGCCUUCAGAGGAUAUGCCCAGCAAGAUGCUCAGGAAUUUCUCUGUGAACUGUUGGAUAAAGUGCAGCAGGAGCUGGAGACCACAGGGGCGAGGUACCCAGCUCUCAUCCCUGCUUCCCAGAGGAGACUCAUAAAGCAGGUUUUGGAUGUGGUGAACAACAUUUUUCACGGACAGCUACUAAGUCAGGUUACCUGUCUUGCCUGUGACAACAAAUCCAACACUGUAGAACCUUUCUGGGACCUGUCCCUGGAGUUCCCUGAGAGGUAUCACUGCAACGGCAAGGAGAUGUCCUCUCAGUAUCCCUGCCUGCUGACAGAGAUGCUGGCCAAGUUUACAGAGACUGAAGCUUUGGAAGGGAAGAUUUAUGCAUGUGAUCAGUGCAACACAAAGCGAAGGAAGUUUUCUUCUAAACCCGUUAUACUCACAGAAGCUCAGAAGCAGCUCAUGGUCUGUCGCCUACCUCAGGUCCUCAGGCUGCACCUCAAACGCUUCCGGUGGUCCGGCCGCAGUCACCGCGAGAAGAUCGGCGUGCACGUCACCUUCGGCCAGAUCCUCAACAUGGAGCCCUACUGCUGCAGGGAGUCCCUCAAGUCCCUCCUGCCAGACUGCUUCAUCUACGACCUGUCUGCUGUGGUGAUGCACCACGGCAAGGGCUUUGGCUCAGGGCACUACACGGCCUACUGCUACAACUCAGAAGGAGGCUUUUGGGUCCACUGCAACGACUCCAAACUCAACAUGUGCACUAUGGAAGAGGUCUGCAACGCUCAAGCCUACAUUUUGUUCUACAGCCAACGACUCCCUCAGGCAAAAGGCAGGGCUAAAAUGCCAGCUCCUAGGACAGCUGCCAGGCAGCCAGAACCAACUGACUGGGCCAUGGACAGCAGCAGCUAAUCCAAAGCCAACUCUGGAUGGUCAGAACUAUUUUAUGAUGAGAAAAGGAGGGGAGAAAAAAAAGAAGCCCAGGUACAGUUUUGGUGUACAAAGGUUUGGGUUCUUUUUUUCCCCCCCUAUGCUUUUUGUAUCAGUUUCAAAUCCUCUUUCCAAAUGUUAGGCAAAAGUUUUUUAUGGAGAACAACUUUCUGAAGCCUUAGAUUUUCCAGACAGAUAUUUUUGUAUGAAAAGGGAAAAGAAGAAGAAAAAAAAAAAAAAGAUUUGCUAUUUGCAUUUAAAUUUUUUUUUACCUCAGGUUGGGUUUGUUUGUUUGUUUUUUAAUGUAUUUUGAUAAUCUUUUUUGGUUGCCUUAAAAUGGGCAACUGGUUGAUUUUUUUUCCUCUCUCUAUUCUGCUUGUGUACAUUUUCUAGUCUAGUUGUAAAGAGAUCAGGAUUCUUACUGUGCAGAAAUUGCUACUAGGUCUUAGCAGAUGAAGAUGCAGCAGCCAAGAGAUGUUUUACAUCCUCCCCAGCAGUGAGUGAGACUUUCUGCUUCAUGCCUGAAGCCAGGUUCCUUAGCAGGCUUUGGUGGAACCACACUAAAGAUACCUUUGAUAGCUGGAACUGAGGAAAGAGAUGAAAAUAAGGAGAUGCUGUUAAGGAAGCUUUGGUGGAACCACACUAAAGAUACCUUUGAUAGCUGAAACUGAGGAAAGAGAUGAAAAUAAGGAGAUGCUGUUAAGGAAGCUUUGGUGGAACCACACUAAAGAUACCUUUGAUAGCUGAAACAGGAAAGAGAUGAAAAUAAGGAGAUGCUGUUAAGGAAGCUUUGGUGGAACCACACUAAAGAUACCUUUGAUAGCUGGAACUGAGGAAAGAGAGGAAAAUAAGGAGAUGCUGUUAAGGAAGCCUUGGUGGAACCACACUAAAGAUACCUUUGAUAGCUGGAACUGAGGAAAGAGAUGAAAAUAAGGAGAUGCUGUUAAGGAGAUGCUGUUAAGGAAGCUUUGGUGGAACCACACUAAAGACACCUUUGAUAGCUGAAACUGAGGAAAGAGAGGAAAAUAAGGAGAUGCUGUUAAGGAAGAGGAGAGUUCAAUAGCACAAGAAUGUAUCUUCACUCCCAAGCCUUCCAUGUUUUUUUUAAAGCCUUAACAACUCAAGUGCCAAAUUACAGAGUGUUGACUUUGACAACCAGGGAGGGAGGUUUAUGCCAAUAAAUUCAAAGCUUCCUUAAAAACCGAACCAAGCCACCAAAUAAUCUCACCAAACACCUCACCCACACGAACCCACCCCACUCUCACGGCUACCAGAAUGUAAACUCUUGCCUUGGACAAGCUCAAACUGCAGCAAGCCUUGAGAAACCUCCAAGACAAACCACUGAGGAGAUGCAAGCUUGGGAUGAAAGCAUUUUCCAGCUGCUUUGCUUCCCUAGCUCCAACUGCUGUACUGUCUCCACGGGCCUUACCCACUGGCAUUAACACAGCUGUGCCUUCAGGAGCAUCUUCCAAGCAGGAAUUCUCAGCCUCCCUCCACGCAGCAGUUAAUUAAUGCCAAGGGAAUGUUAAGUGUGAAGUUAUCUUUGCAUAUCUCCUAUGCAAGUUGUUACCUCAUCUUCUGCAAACUUUAUACCUCAAUAAAAUGCCUUGAUGUGGACAGAA